UCCGCUAGACUCCGUUGGAAAGGAAAAACUUCGUUUGAGAACUUGAAAAAGUUUGUAUUUUGUAAAGAAUAACGUAAAAAUAGGGCCGAGUAGUUGAAUUAGAACGCUAAAYAUGCCUACUGUAGUGUUGCUUGACGUUUCCUUGUCCAUGAUGAGACAGGUUCAAACGCCGAAUGAGACAGAGAGCCAACAGCGACGCCAUCUUGCCGUUCGCGGUUUGUAUACUUUAUUCGACUUUUUGUCCAGUAAAUUCAAGCUGGAGUUCACAGCUUUGGUCGCUUUCUCGUCGCUCUGGGAAAUUGUGGUGCCAUUCACGAGAGAUUAUGAAAUGCUCAAGCAAGGUUGUAUGUCUGUGGAUGCUUAUGAUAAAACUUGCUAUGAAAAUGCGUUGACGGGUGUGGCCGGUCACGUGGUAGAGGAAUGGGGGUCGUCAGURCCCAUUCAAGUUAUUCUGGUGACUGACGGAUCUAUCGGGUCGGGGUAUGGUUCUCUAAAGGAUCUCUUAGACGGCAAGGCAGACAGGAUGACGGAAACUCCAUGUCCUCUUCCCUUUCCAUUUCCCAGUAAACUUCAUGUCGUGUGUAUCAAUAYRCAGACRGAACURGCACCWAACUUGAUGCUUUUUCAGCAACUAUGCGACAUGAAUGGAGGCGGUGGCAGCGUAUAUGUUCCAGAUGCACCCCUUUCAGUGCAAUCUGUACAGAACUGCUUUACAAGGCUUGCACAAACUCAUUACAUGAACUACGAAGGUGUUCUUAGCUGUGGGCAUUUGAAAUCRAAUAUUAUGCUUUCACCUCCACCUGAUUUCUCAAUUUCUUGGAAUUUAAUUCUUGAAAAAUACAGGAAGCAAAAAACAAACGCAAAACUUUGUAGGUUUCCAAAUGARAUAAAAAUCUGCGGAUUUUUGGACAUUAUGGAUACAAGCAGUCCACCAUGUAUGUCGCGGCAUCUUGUGAUACCGAUAACGGGAACAGAGAAUGGAAAUACUGUCGCUAAUGGAGAUGCUUCCAAGGAACAAGACUUAGAUAGCGGAAAAGCUCCGUCAUUUUGUGUUCUACUGCAUGGAAGCUUGAAAGUUGAAAAGAUGAUUGCUAUUGUUCAGUUAGACACGGACUGGUUUGGUUUCUUACAAUCCUGGGCCGACAGCAAGAAGAAGUCCAACCUYGUCCUUGUGACAUUUGCUCCUGGAACACACAUCUCAUGGCUAGGGGAUUUUAAUCGACUUGGACCUUCGGCUGAAAUGAACACAAACCCUUAUAAACUUGGGCAAGAUGAAGAAACAGAAGARACACCAUUUCCUAUUCCACCUUCACAAAGGAGGAGUUACAACUCGCAAGCAAAUGUUGCCUGGAUUAAGCCMAGUGGAUUACAGUCCGAUGUGCAGAAACUUCUUCGGUAUGCCAAACGACUUCCAGACAARCAAGCACAGUUCUUCAAGGAAUUAAAUAGGCUACGGCGUGCAGCUCUUUGCUUUUGCUUCUUGGAUUUACUGGAGGCUCUUGCUGUGUUGUUGGAGAAGGAGUGCACCAAAGUGGGUCCUGACGCCAUCACUCAGCUUCAACAUGCCGCAGCCUGCUUGCGUUCUGCACCAUAUCAUGAGCUGAACAACUCCAUUACACCAACUUUAGAAUAAAUAACAACAAAUUUAGAUCAAUGUUUUCCCUGUCGGACUAUUGUCUAGCCUCCUACGAGGACGUCCUUAGGGUCGUCAUAAAGUGGGGUGUUUAGUAGCCUCCUUUGCAGCCCAACUUUAGACUGACAAUAACAAUAGCUGCAAAGGAUGGUGAGGAUGCUGCUAUUCAUCCCCCCCCCAAUAGACCAUUUCACAGAUCCCGUGGCUCAACCUCAGCCUCGUCAGUAUGUAAUAUAUUCUUUAGAAAUUGCCUACAACCUGUGAAAUUUUUUAAUGUUUUAAUUGUUCGUUGAUGUGUAAAUUCCUUUCAUUACUGCGKACUGUAGUCAAAUUCUAAAGRAUAAUCACAYGCUGACGAGGCCGAGGUUGAGUAACGGAUUCCGUGAAAUGGCCUAUCUAUUAGCAUGAAAAAGUCCUCUUUUUCAUUCAAUACAUAAUGCUGUUUCUUUCCACCAAAGACUUAUUCAUUAAGCCUUUAUAAAAGCUUUUUCAUUGCUUAUUGGGCAUUAGAAAACUCAUUAAUAAUUCAUGAAGAAAACACAAUAGGAAUCAUGACCAUGAAGGUGAUUUUAUAUCUGAUAUAGAUUUGUCUUCAUUUGCAUAAACUUUAACUUGGAUUUUCUCUAUCA